AGAGAGAGAGAGAGAGAGAGAGAGCAAGGGACUGGGGAAGGGAGGUCAACAGACCAAGAGAAGGAAGGAAGGAAGGAAGGGCGCUCGGAAAGGGAGGGGCCCCCAGGGAUCAGCUGGCAUGGACAUUCACAACAGAGGGACAUGCAGACAAAGGGACAACAACAACAACAACAACAACAACAACAUUUGUAUCCUGCCACCAUCUCCCCCAGAGGGGACUCGGCGUGGCUCACAGAAAGAUCCCAUACAAAACAGGAACAAUAUACAAGACAGCAAUCAACAAGAAGCCCUGCUUGACUCUCAAGCCAAAAGUGGGUGGUAGAAAUCACAUGGUACAAAAGCUGACUGGCACAACCUGGGGAUCCCAACCAGGCCCUGGAAAGACAGGCGCUUGGCUCCUCUGCUGCUGAAUUCACAGGCCCAGUGGGGAAGACAUCUCACCACGUUCAAACAGUGGACGUGGCUCUUCAUGAGACAUGCCGCACCGUCACAGGAUGUCUGCGCCCCACACCACUGGAGAAAUGAUACUGUUGAGUCCCUCUGGGGAGAGAGGGCAGUCUAGAAAUGAAAUGAGGAAAUGUGAUUUUUGGCUGAGAAUUUCGGAGUAGAGCCUGUGGAGGGAUUUCCUUCCCUUGAAAGAAAGAAGAGGAAGGAAAAGCAUCUUGGAUACUGUUGGGUUCUUCACCAGAGUGGUUCCAACAUGGAGAGACCCAACUCACGUGGACCUGAAGCAGGACCUGGGGGCAGUGGGGAAUCCUGGGAAAGAACCAGACAUGAGUCCCUGAGUGUGGACCUUGACAGCUCGGACACACAGCGCCAGCGCUUCAGGCAGUCCUCCUACCAAGAGGGUGAAGGACCCAGAGGGGUUUGCAGUCGUCUCCACGAUCUGUGCCGCCAGUGGCUGAAGCCAGAGCAGCACACCAAGGCCGAGGUGCUGGACCUGGUGACCCUGGAGCAGUUUCUGAGCAUCCUGCCCCCAGAGAUGGGGAGCUGGGUCCGAGAGUGUGGGGCAGAGACCUGUUCCCAGGCGGUGGCCCUGGCGGAAGGCUUCCUCCUGAGUCGGGCCGAGGACAAGGAGCAGGAAGGACAGGCCCAUAACAAUAACUCCAUGGAAGUCCCUGCACCAGAGGAAUCUCCACCAGACACCACCCAGAGUCUCAGGCAGAAGGAGCUGAAGCGGGAAGGAGACGGGGCUGCCGCCUUGCAGGGUGAGAAGGAACUCUUCUGGGAGUUUUGGGGUUUUGUGCCAGUGGAAAUCCCGCUUUGGGGGGAUGAUUGUACACCCACAGUUUGAGCUUCAGAAGGUGAACAUGCCGGAUCAUUUGGCCUUGAGAUGGGUAUAUAUCUUAAACUCAUGUCCUUUGUGUGAUGUUUUAUGGACUUAAUAUGUAUUUUAUAGAAAGGCAGUUUUAAUGUAGAUCUUUUAUAGUUAUAUAUAUAUCUUUGUUGAAUUUUGACAAUGUUUGUGUUUUUAAAAUUAUGUUGUAACCUCCCUCGAACUGCAAGGAGAGGCGAGUAAGAAAUAAAAUUAUUAUUAUUAUUAUCA